CCAUGUAGAAAAAUAAUAAGAGGGAAAAAUAUUCUGUAUAUUCAAUUGUUCUGUUUAGUUACAAGGGGUUUCUCCUUUAUUUAUAGGAGAGGAUGAUUCCAAAAUAGACAAGGAAUACAAAUCCUACAAGGAAACAAAUCAUAAUCAAACUAGGAAACAAAUAAAUCAAGAUCAAUCCUAAUUAGAAUGGGAUUCGGUCAUCAAAGGAUUUGGAUUUCUCAACCUCUAAUAACGCCAAGGGCAAAAUCGUAAUGAGAUCAAGCCCGGCAGUCGCAAAGUCUUCUUCCACCAGACCAACUUAUAACCAUAAGUCACCAAACAACAGAAAGAGCCUUGGCACAUUGUCUUCUUCAUCAAGGGCACCAAUUAACAAGAAAAGGCAGGAGAGAAUUGUUGCCACAAGCAGCCAAGAAGCUGAUGCUUCUAAAGCUAACAAUUACCCAUCAAAUCACACUAGUGAUGAGGAAGUCAUGAGGAUGAACAACAAAACAGUGCAAGAGAAUGAGAACAUAAUUGUGUUGGGAGAUGAGGAGGAGUUAGAAGAUUUGGAGUCAUUUGAUGAUGAAAAUUGUUCAUUGGGAGUCCCACCAGAAGAUCCCAUAGAUCAUUUCGACACCACCUUUGAAGAAGACACUGGAGAUUCUGAAGGGAUCGUCACGGAGCAUGAACAUUCCCAAGACGAGGAGGAGAACAGGAGCACGACUACAACAGAAACGCUUUCUAUCGUCGCAGAUUCGAAGUUUGUGGAAGAAAACAGUGACAAUGAUGAUGAUGAUGAGAAGAUAGUCGUGGUUUGUGACAGUAAUGAGAGUGGUCAUGUAUGUGAUGGCCAUGAAGAAAAAGAAGAAAUGAAGAGGGAAACAACAGAAAGGGAAGGAGAUGACCGUUGUGAUAAUGACGACGACGACGAUGAUGAUCAAGAAUCCUCUGCUGCUGCUGAAUCCUCUGCUGAAGAAGUUAAAGAAACCUGCAUUGAGAGUAAUGAUGAUAAUUCCAACAGUUGCAAUGAAGUUAAGGAAACUACUACUACAACUACUGCUACUACAGAGGUGACAGUGGUGCAGGGAACGAGGACAGAGAGCGUGGUGUCUAACAGUGUUAUUGAGGAGACGGCAAGCAAGCUUCGUGAACAAAGGAAGAACAGGGUGAGAGCAUUGGCUGGGGCCUUUGAAACUGUUAUCUCUUUGCAAGAACCCAAGUGAUGAUGAUGAUGAUUAUGACAUCUGUUAACAAACAAAAACCCCCAAAAGAGGCUUUGAUAUUUUGUAAUUCAUACAUAUUUGGUUGAUAUGGAACAAUCUUCGUUCAGCAUGCAUGAUGGGAUCAUUUGAGUCCAACAAUAUUUUCUCAUUAUAUAAGCAUAUAAAUCCUUGCUUUAUGUAUCUAUUGUGAUCCUUUUUUAUGUGCAGCUUGAGCAGGGGGUCUCAUG